ACUGAAGGGACCCCAGGCGAUCCAUCAAGCGCUAGCCUAAUGGCGACUGCUAGGAACAGGGAAGACCACGCGGUCAUUUCAUUCCUUGCGCUGCCCAGAGCGGGACUGCGAAGGAGGCAUUUGAGAUGCGUUGAUCGCCCGGGGCGGCUUGGCGCUGCUGGAGCGGAACAGGAUCCGGAUCGCGGCUCCAGGAGGGGGACACACCGUUUCCGAAAGGGUGACCUCGGGUGCCAGUGGCUGCAGCCAGUUCCCUUAUCAGGGCUGAGUGCCCGAAUUCCGAGCUCUGGCAGGAAGCCGCCCGGAGGUGAAGGGGGGAUAUAUAUAAAGGAAGCCCGAGCAGCCGUUCGAGCCCAGACCAAGGCGCUCGGGUCUGGAGGCAGCGCAAGGGACCGGGCAGGAUGAAAGGCGCAGCCCUGAGCUGUUGGGCCUCUCUGCUUCUUCUCAUCCCGCAGGGGCCAGCAGGCGGGCACCCGCUGCCCAGGAAACACACCAGCCAGGAGCUCCAGGCCCUGCAGGACCUCCUUGAGCUCCUGAAGGAGACAACGCAGGGGGAGGAAGGGGAGCCGCUGGAGUUGGAGAAUCUGGACUACGGGGCGGAAGACGACGACCCUAGCUGGGACCUUGCUGAGCCGGAGAGCAGCCCCGCUACCCGGCUCCAGCCCCGGGAUCCUGUGGAGAGUCAGUGGAGGACCCUCCUUGCUUCUCCCAGGAGGAUGCGGCACUUCUCUGGCUGUUUUGGGACCAGGAUCGAGAGGAUCGGCUCUCAGACAGGACUUGGGUGCAACAUCUACAAAGCCCGUUCCUGGAAGAGGAGAUCGAGAAGCUGAAUCUAGAGCUUCCCACCAGCCUCCUACGAAUUUUUGGAGCCUCUUUUGUGUGGCCUGGUAACUUAACCCCUCCCGAGCGGAACACGUGUGCCACGCCUAAACAGAGCGGUUGUCUGGUGGAUGUAUUCGCGUUGUACAGAUUGUUAUUGAACAGCGAUGGUGUUGGAACAAGAACAGCUGACC